AUGAUCACAAACUACACUACAUUCUAUGAACCACUAAGUGAAGAAGAAGAAACAUCAGAGUCAUCUAUGAAUCGCAAUAAAUCACAUGCAAAUCGGCAUGAAUCCUACCAAACUUAUUCAAGCGGUUUCCUCCCGGAACAAAACUUCGGAGGUCACUCAAUCCUCUCCUACGACAAAGGGAAGUUCUUCCUCUUCCAUCACCCCUUCCCCCGGCUGUGCGAGAGGAAACUAUCGGGGAAGGCGCGCACGGCUUUUCCUUCGCGGUGUUCGCUGGUGACGCUGAGCACGGCGUGGGGGAUGCGAGGGACAACCGGCCGGGGCGCCCGGGGGUCCCAGCCCGGCCUCCGCAGCAACUCUGCGAACAAAAAGCCAAGGGGAAGCUUGGUUGGGAGAAGCAAAACCCUGACGCGCUUGGGGGUGGGUAGGUGGGGGGUACGGCUGGGGGGGUUUCAGACCCUCGCACGGCAACACAGGCGGACCCAUCCCCCCCGCCUCCUCGGUCCCCAGCCGGGGGAGGCGACCGAACCUCACCGCCUUCCACCGAUCCCGCAUCGGGAACGGGCCCUGCGCGCGAUUCUCCCGCCCGGGGCAGUUGCCCGGACCCCAGCCCCGAUCCCAAUACCUGCGGGGACAGCGGGGCGGGGAGGCUUCCCAAAUACGUACCCUGUCUGCCGGGGCUGGCUUGAGGACGCAGGAUUUUGUGCGAGCGAUCGUCUCCUUCUCCGGGAGCUCAGCCUCCCCUCCCCCCCGCCUCCCCUCCCCCGCCACCCCCACCUCCUUUGGGGGGCCAGGAAUCCCCCACUGUCGGCUCUGCCUCCUCCCCGCCCGGCCGGAGCGCUGAUGCGCCGGGGCCGCGGCGCGGCAUGGCCCCGAUGCUCGGUGCCCACGGCCAGGCUGCGCUGCGACGGAGCGCGGGCUGUCCCCUCCCGCCGCGGGCGCGGGUCAGCGGGGGCGGCGCGGGGCCGCCUCCGGCGGGAGGGGAGGCUGCGUGCCCCGGCCCCGCCGAGGGGCUGCGCGGCCCGGGGCACAGCAUCCUUGGGGAGCGUGUUUGUGCGGUCGGGAGGCACGAACUCCGUGCCGGCCUUUCGGAGGGUGGGGGGUGCCGGUGGUCCCCCUCCUUCCCGCAGCGGUCAGAGGGAAGUUUGGCGCCGGGAAUGCCGGGAGGGUUCUCCGGGCAGCGCCCCGGCUCCGAGAGAGCCGCUGCCGGUCUCUUCGGCCGCGCAGGUGGUGGUGGGCGAGAAGGGCGCCAGGGGGACUCCGGAGGUCCGGUCCUGGAGGGAUGCAGGGGGACACGGGGGUGGCCGAGGGAAGGUCCCUUCCCUGACAGCUCCUGGUCUCAGAGGCACCGAGCACGCACAGCUUCCCUCUGCUUCGAAAUCAGGCCAUCGUAGAAUCAUAAAUAUAUAA